AUGACGCUAAACGUCAAAAUUAUCAACAUUGAGGUGUUAUAAUUUGAUUUAUCGUCAUUCUAAAGGACUUAUAAUUGAAGCGAACCGAAGCUUCAUUUACAUUCCUACUCUGCUUUGAAGAGGAUUUGUAUACGUUGGAUCCAUCAUGGACUCAAUAAACAGAAUUCGCAAGCUAGUUAGCAGUUGGUACAUCAGAUAUUUAACAGCGACCGAGUUGUACAUGGUGGAGCCCUGGGAAAAGAUAUUUAUUCAUAUAUUAUUCGGGCUGUUCUUUGCAAUAUUCUGGUAUUUCAAUUCCUCCAUCAUCGUCAAUGGCAUCUCUCAGCUGCGGUUUCCAUCGAACGUUGAGGAAAUGAAAUCAUUAAACUAAUUGUUAUGUAUUAAGAUAUUUUAUUAUUGUUGUAUUAAAGGAUAAAUAUAUUGUU